AGUCCUUCCGGUAAAUGGCCACAGGAGGGCAGCAGAGAAUUAUAUUUGGACUCGAAGGAUUCCGCGUCGACCUUCAAGACUUCUUUCCGAGAGUCGGGAACACACAGCCUUCAUUUCAGGACAGAAAGAGAAGAUUGACAUGGCUGACCAAGGACCUGCCAACAAAGCAAAGUAGACUUCUCUUUAUUCUACCUGUGAGUUCCCAAAUUUCCCGCCUCUGUAACUUGAUAUUGUACAUUCUGUCUUUCCAUCACUCAUUGCUCUGAAUGAGACACAGAACUAUUUCUGGCUUUGGAGAACCACAGGGUGACUUACAGCACCUCAGAACAGACACGUCAGAGUAACAGACUACAAAUGGGUGGGAUUAUCUGGGCCUACCACCCAUAGGCCAAAAACUGUCAUCAGAAGGCCCACAGAGCAGUGGUGUUUCUGCUUUGAGAUUUUUUUUCCUUCCACUUUCUGACACUUAGGAGGAUGGAUCUGGAAACCCAAAGGUACGCAUGCCAAGUGUUUUCAUAGCCAUAUUCUUUGACAACACCCAGGUUUCUGGAAAGCUGAUCUCUUUCCUGAAUUUUCUGGUGGGGCUCCAGAUAUUUACAGGUGGAUCCCUUCCCCGAACUCCUCAGGAACUAUAUAAGCUAGCCUAGCUUGCUACUGAGCAUUCAGCCAGAUACCAACAUGGGAUCUGGCCUCUUCUUCCUUUCUGUGGGACUCCUUGCCCUCCAGACCAACCUGACCAGAACCUCCAGCCAGAAGGUUACAGGUGAUGCUCCCAGCCCUCCAAGCAACAACACUUUCCCCCUUCCCACAGAAAACCUGAUUUUGGAGCUACCGGUCACCUUCUUGUGCGGGGUGGAAGGACUUGACUUGAACAAAACUAUGGUGAGGUGGUUCCACAAAGGCGAACCAGAAGCCGUUUCUAUCGCCUCCUUUGGCGGCCCUUCGCACCACGAACUUCUCUACAUUACUGGAUUCCGUCUGGAGGACUGGACCCCUGGAGAUACUUACGACUGUGUGGUGCAGGCAGAGCCCACGGAUGAGGACAUGGGCAAUGCUUCAGCCUCCAACCAGACCCUCUUCAAGCCCGACUUCAUGGAGGACAGGAAAGAAUCAAAGAUAAUCUUUAUCUGCAUGAUUUUAGGAUUUUAUCCAGACAUCGACAUCCAGUGGCAGGAGAAUUUCAGCACCUUGCCUGAAGGCGUCGUUAUUAUCCACAACAGUAACAAGGAAGAUCCCUUUGUCAUGUACAGCAGAAUUACUUUCCCCAGUACAAGGGAGUUACGUGAAAAAACCUACUCAUGCAGAAUUGAACAACAAGAGCUCCCAAUCCAGCCCACCCAGAAGGCCAGGAAGAAAACUGGGGCCGAAGAAUGAAGACCAUCCCUGGUCCAGCCUUGUGUUAUCUCCUUUCUCCAACCCCAGAACUGGCUUUACUGCCAUCAGAUCAAGCCAUUUGGGAAUCAUCUCCAUGAGCUCCUUUGUGGUCAAUGGCUAAAUAAAAGACAAGCCCACAGAAUGCUGGGGCACCCAAAA